AUGGGACAAUCAGUAAAACGGAAGGGUAACAAAGAGAUGAAUGCAGAACCUAUAUUAGUGGAUGAAAGCUUGUUUCCGGAAUUUCUGCAUGAAAAGGUCAAUUCGUUUAGGGUUGCCAUCCAUGCGUUUACACGGCAGAAUUUCCGCCAGAGACUGGAGGAGCCUUGCGGUGAAACUACUCGUGUAGGCGCUUUUAUAGAACAUGUUGAGAGCUUGUCAGAUGACACGGAAGGCAAUGAGGUCGUCAAACGUUUGCAAAUCAUUUGCUGUGUGCUUAACUGGAUCGUGGUUGCUUUUGACGAUAGCUACAUUUACUUUACAGUAAAAGAAUUAUUGAAGAUCGAGAACUGGCAGUACCAACUGUUCAAGGCCUCUCCAAAGUGA